AUGAAGGUGUUAGCUGUAAUUAUUGUUGUUUUAUCCCUAACGGCUGCAGAAUAUACACUAGACGAAAUGGCUACUGCAUUCAGAGGGUGUGGGGCUGAAUAUGGUGGACCAAAUGAUAUUAGAAAAUUAGUAGUAGCUCCAGAUGCUGAUAUUGUAACCUUGAGUCCUAUGUGUUUAUGUAUCGAUGUGAAACUUGGAGUUACUAAUGAAAAUGGCGAUAUUAAUAAACAUGCUCUUAGAGAGAUUGUUAUGUUAUUAACGGGUAACAAAAGUACUGCUGACAAAGUUGAUGAAAGAUGCACGGAACGAAAUGGAGAAACUGCUCUGAUUGCAUCUUUUAAUUUAUGGCGCUGUGCGAGACUCAUAAUUGAUAACGAAAAUAAUUAA